CCUACCCUGGGGGUGGGGCCCAGAAGGAGGUCGGCACUUCCUGUUCUUAGUGGGUCUGAUGUACCUGCAUCCAGUGCGCGCACCGUUCGCCAGGUGUGGCCACUGAGCCCUGGGAAUGUGGCUAGUGCAGCUGAGGGUCUAAAAAAUGUAUUUUUAUUGAGUUCAGAGAGGAGGAAAGAGGGAGAGAGAGAGAAACAUCCAUGAUGAGAGAGCAUCAUUGAUCAGUGGCCUCCUGCACGCCCCCUGCUGGGGACCGAGCCUGCAACCCAGGCAUGUGCCCUGAUCGGGAUUUGAACCUGUGACCUCCGGGUUCAUAGGGCGACAACCACUGAGCCACGCAGGCCGGGCUGAGAAUCUGGCUUUUAUUUCAAUGAAAUGUCAGUGGAUACAGUGACGCGUGGUUACCAAUUUGGACAGGACAGACGUAGGGCAUUUCCAUCCUCACAGAAAGUCCUGCAGGCAGAGCAGUCCUGGGGGGAGCAGGUGAGGGUCCCCGAGCAGGGAGACCGCCCUGGGGGCACCUGGACACUCCGAGCCUCCUCUGUCCAGCUCGGGCCUUGGACGCAUGUCCGCCUGGCUCCUCGCUCCCAGGAGACACACAGGCCCGUGCACAGGAUGGUAGCAAUCGCGGUGAGCAAUGGGGACCGAGGACCUGGGCCCGGAGCCUGCCUCGGGGGGAAGGGAAGAGAAUGGGCAUGGGCGCUGCUCACACCUCAGCUCUGGGAACGUCCUGUGGACAGAGGGCGUCCGCGCUCGGGACCCUGGUUUAGUGAAAUGGGGAUGAUGGUUCCGUGCCACAGGGCUUCUAGGCAUGUGGGAGAUUCGAUACAUAAGCGUGAACACGACAGGCACCAGCCUAUGCGUGGUAUGCAGUUGGUGCUCAAACGUGCAUCCUGCGCACACUUUGGUUCCACCUUCCCUGCUCUCCCAGGCCUGUCGAGCAAAUACGUUUAUAUCCUUGUUGGGACCUCCGUGGCCUUUCUCCUCUGCCUCCUCCUGCUGGUCCUCCUCUUAGUCCGUCGCCAGCGUCAGAGAAAACACAAGUCCCUUCACAGCAAAGGCGAGGAGCAGAGGCCCCAGGAGAGGCUCAACCCAGCAGCUGACAUCACAGAGGGCACCCCAGACGAGGCCGCAGUCUGUGAACCUCCUGAGAAAAACAGGGAGACGCAGAGCCCAAGCCCUGAUGCGGGAGACGCCCAGGAGGUGACAUACGCCCAGCUGGACCCGCGGGCCCUCACCCUCAGGGCAGCGCAAGCUGUGUCCCCACAGCCCACGGAGCCCACCGCUGACAGCAGCACAUACGCAGAGCUCCCCAGACGCUGACUCGGCACCCCCUGGCCUCUGCACCCACAGACACAAGUCACCUUUCUUUUUUUUUUUAAUUUAAAUUCUUUAUUGUUUAAAGUAUUACAUAAGUCUCUUUUUCCCUCCCCCGUUGACCUCUUCCUGGUCGCCACCACCCACAACACAAGUCACUCUUGCAAAGGCCUGAAGCACCAUGAAGAGGACUUCCCUGUGCAAUCACCCCAUUCUUCACAGCCAUCUAUUCAUUCUCCUGGAGGCGAGAGCUGGAGUCGGGGGGCCCCUACUCAACACCUAGGAGGUUCAUUCACCAGGGCCGCCCCCUACAAUCCACCAGCUGCUUGGAGCACCCAUGUAACACUUGUUUCCAGAGACCCAGCUACAACUGCCCAGCAGUAUCUAACAACCCAGCUACAGUUGUCCAACAAUUUCCAGAGACCCAGCCACAGUUGUCCAGCAGUUUCUAACAACCCAGCUACAGUUGUCCAACAAUUUCCAGAGACCCAGCCACAGUUGUCCAGCAGUUUCUAACAACCCAGCUACAGUUGUCCAACAAUUUCCAGAGACCCAGCCACAGUUGUCCAGCAGUUUCUAACAACCCAGCUACAGUUGUCCAGCAGUUUCCAGAGACCCAGCCACAGUUGUCCAGCAGUUUCUAACAACCCAGCUACAGUUGUCCAACAAUUUCCAGAGACCCAGCCACAGUUGUCCAGCAGUUUCUAACAACCCAGCUACAGUUGUCCAACAAUUUCCAGAGACCCAGCCACAGUUGUCCAGCAGUUUCUAACAACCCAGCUACAGUUGUCCAACAAUUUCCAGAGACCCAGCCACAGUUGUCCAGCAGUUUCUAACAACCCAGCUACAGUUGUCCAACAAUUUCCAGAGACCCAGCCACAGUUGUCCAGCAGUUUCUAACAACCCAGCUACAGUUGUCCAGCAGUUUCCAGAGACCCAGCCACAGUUGUCCAGCAGUUUCUAACAACCCAGCUACAGUUGUCCAACAAUUUCCAGAGACCCAGCCACAGUUGUCCAGCAGUUUCUAACAACCCAGCUACAGUUGUCCAACAAUUUCCAGAGACCCAGCCACAGUUGUCCAGCAGUUUCUAACAACCCAGCUACAGUUGUCCAACAAUUUCCAGAGACCCAGCCACAGUUGUCCAGCAGUUUUCAGACACCCAGCUACAGUUGUCCAGCAGUUUCUAACAACCCAGCUACAGUUGUCCAACAAUUUCCAGAGACCCAGCCACAGUUGUCCAGCAGUUUUCAGACACCCAGCUACAACUGCCCAGCAGUUUCUAACAACUCAGCUACAGUUGUCCAGCAGUUUCCAGAGACCCAACCAUGGUUGCCCAGCAGUUUUCAGAGACCCAGCUACAACUGCCCAGCAGUAUCUAACAACUCAGCUACAGUUGUCCAGCAGUUUCCAGAGACCCAGCUACAGUUGGUGGGCUGUUUCUGGAGACCCAGCUACAGUCCUACAGUCACCCAGCUCAUUCCAGGCAUGUCCUGUGAAUCCCCACCUUCCCCCCAGAGACUGUUGGAACCAUCUUCUUAGCCGACUCUAAAGACUUUCCACAUAUUGACCUGGAACUUGGGCCAUAUUUAUGCAGCGAAUCUCUGAUGCCUCAUUGUCUCUGAAUCCUGCUUCACCUUGUACAUCAAUAAAUGUUUUCACACAACCAA